AUGUUAAACAUCACUGAUUCUAUUAUAUCUAAUCAUGAUGCAUAUUGGUAUACAACUAUCACUCUCCUCAAUCAAAAUAUCUCAAGAUAUGGUAUGAGUAUUAUAUGGCUUAUCGGAAAUAUUGGAUCAAUUAUCAAUUGUUUUAUCUUUUGUCAACCAAAUCUUCGCAAGAAUCCAUGUGUUAUGUAUUUGUUAGCUUCUAGUGCUUCUCAAUUUUUUACUCUCAAUUUGGCUCUUCUCUCAAGAAUACUCUACAUGGGUUACAAUAUACAAGCAGUUAAUACAUUACUUUGGUAUUGUAAAUUUCGCUAUUAUUUUUUCUAUAUUUUUGUUGCUAUUCCACGUUAUUAUAUAAUUUUGGCAUCGAUCGAUCGUUUUUUUGCUAGUUGUUCUGAUAUUUACUGGCGUCGAUGGAGUUCAUCAAAAGUUGCUAUGAGAUUAAUCAUUAGUAAUUUUUUAUUUUGGUGUUUAAUUUACAUUCAUGUUCUUGUGUUCUAUGAAAUUCAAAAUAAUAAUUGUUCAUUUAGAAAUGGUGUUUAUGGUAUUUUCUUUAGUGUUUAUCUAUCGAUUGAAAGUGGAAUUUUGCCACCAUUAAUAAUGUUCAUUUUUGAAUUUCUUACACUGAAAAAUAUUCGAAACAGUAAACGAAGAACAAGACCAUUAACAAUAGUUAAUGUUUCUCAAACGGAACAAUUGACUAGACUGUCAAGAAGAGAUUUACACUUUUCAAAAAUGCUACUUUAUCAAAUAUGUCUUUGGAUUAUUUUAAACAUUCCCAAUCCUUGUUACCUUCUUUAUCAAACAAUAACAAUAUAUGAUACCAAAUCACUUCUACGUUUGACAAUUGAAUCAUUUAUUAGCAAUAUGAGUUAUUUUUUAAUUUAUAUUGAAUUCUCAUUAACAUUCUUUGUCUAUAUUUUGUCAUCAUCAUUAUUCAGACGUGAAUUGAAUCAAUUAAUUCGAAAGAAAUUAUUACGCCGUUUUUCUACAAAUAUAACUCUCACAAAUAACACAUAA